CGGGACAGUGGAUGCCACAUUGACUCUGCAAACACCUGGAAGAAGUACAGGGAGCACCUGCUGCACCAAUUUCUAAAAGAGGGGCACCAUUUUCAAAGAGGACCAGGAAGUGAAGACACCUCCUGGUUGGAGUGAGCUACCAGAUCACCUGGGACUGGGGAGGUUCUGCCUAAAACAGGCCCCACAGACAGUGUCAACAAUCCCAAGGGAUGAACACAGUUUGGACACUGGAAGCCACAACUUCUUAUUAACUGAAACGCACAAAUGACUUGAAAGUGUGAGCACCUUGGAGACUGAGUGCGUAUAUAUAAGCCCGUUGUGCCCUCACUGGACACUGCAUCAAAAGCUUUUUUCUAAGCUCUUCGUCUCCCCCUGGUGCUGUAGAAAAGAGGUGAUUACGGAUGCACAAAGGAACAUUCAAAAACCAAUGAGAAGAUCCAGAUCUACAGGCGAUUAAGCCAAAUGUUGCUCUGAAUGAGAGGUUUGUUUUUCCCCUUCCUUUUUAGGCAGUGAGAGAGAGAACGGUUGAGGGUGCCACAGCUCUCAUGCUCACUGCUUGUGCACUUGCACAAGUGAAUAAUCAUCUGUGGACCAACAUGAGAAGAAAAAAAACAACUGUCUGAUGCCAUUGCCCAUUUUUAUUUUGUCGCUUUCCUGUAAACAAAACACAGAUCAAGCAGCGGAGACAAAGUUAACAUUGCACAUGUAUUCAUAUUUUUUUGCAGUCUUUAUUCUUCCCUGAUUUCUGUGAUUUCUUUCUGGAAAUCCAAAAUGUUCAAAUGUAUUGAUAUUCAAACGUGUUAUGUCUGUGCAAAUAUUUACUUUGGGCAUCCAUUUAUGUCGGGUGCUUUUUCAAAAAGUUGAACUUUAAAGGCUGAUACAGCAGUAUGUAUUACGCAAUGCUGCACAUUAGAUAACAUUAACAUUAACAUUAACAUUAACUACAUACCAACUAACUACUUGUUAUUGAUAAUUCACUUGGUAAUGUAACUCUACAUAGUUCAUGACCAACAAGUAGUUUUUAAAAGUUAAAUGCAAGCGUAUCUAUUUUUAUACAUUUGAUUGACGGUACAUUUGCCCAAUGGAAAGUUAACAAAAUAUUUAGGACCAAUCGCCAGACAGUAAACGGUUUACUUCGUAACCAAUGAGGUCGUUGUUGUUGCAGGAUGUAACCAAUCACAGUGAGGGGGCGGGCCCCUGUUCAAGGAGCGCGAACGGUUAAGGACAGACGACAACAAGAAAAUGGCGAAUAUGGACGAGUUUAGGUAACUUAGAGAUGUAACGUUAACGUAAUACGGAAACUUUAAAGCAAGUUUGGAUAUAUACAUAGGUUCGGCCGUGUUUCUUUUCUACCGUAGGCGCCAUGUUGUUUCUACACACAUGUUACACUAGUCGAAGCUAAUUUGUAAUCACGUAAACUUGAGUCUAGCUAGCUAACGCUAGCUGGCGUUAGCAUGACAGAAACAUGAAGUGUCCUUAGUUGGCAGCUGUGGAUGGCGUCACUGUGCCCACACGCAAUUAUAUAACCUGUGUUCAUGGCUUAUCGUUGAGUGGAGGUCCUUGAAGCCAGUCGGGGGGAGGGGGGACUUUGCAGUUGACGUGAUGGCUCUACACAACUUGGUUUUUGUUGUCGAUGUGGAUUAUGGAGAUCAAGCUGAUGUCAAGACUCAUCUGGUGAAACGGGGAAUACUACAAACCCUUCUGCAUUUCGGCUACAAGUUCGGGUUUGACAAAGUCCGCUGGGGUUAUAAAUUCUUCAAAUCCCAAACUGGCCGCAAUGGGAGCCUCCUGUCGCGGGGCUCGGACUUCAAGGAGCUUCGCCAUAAAACCUUCGAGGACUUCGAAGUGGAGUUUGAAGCCAAGUUUGACCCGAAGGAGAAACCGUGUCCGUCCCAGAAGAAGCCGAGGCAGCAAUGCAAUCAGUCCGCCUCCGUUCAAACUGCACUCAAAGAGACCCUGCUGGACUUCCAGUGGGAUCGACCCGACAUCACGUCUCCCACGAAGCUGUCCCUGAGGCCGCGGAAGUCGAGCCGAGUCGGAAAGCCCAGUGUUUCACAGGAGGAGGAGGAGGACGUGUCAAACAACGGGAGGAAUGUGGUGUUUAUCGUGUCGGAGUGUCCACGGUCCAGGACGCAACUGGCGGACUAUCUUUCUUUGGGGGACCGAGACCUGCCGACGGAUGUGACGGAGCACAUAAUGCCGAGAAACCUUCACGACAUGCUGAUUCAGCGACAGGUAGUGCUGCACUGGAUUGACAGUAGAUCACAUGUCCAGGUCAUGAGUUGUGAGGAUCACCUCAGCUUUGACAAGCUGUCUGAGGUCCUCGCUCAGCUGGGUGGCAGAGUGAUCCCCGUGGUUGCAUUGCUGAACCUCUGCUCCAGUCAGAAUCCAGACGCAGGCUUCAGGAGACAGACUUUUGCAUUCAAGCCCAGCAUUGGAUACCUGCUGUCUUCUGAGAAGCAGCACCGCUUGGCUUUUCCUGCCGUAUGCGGUGUUCUGCGGUGGGAGCAAGGUGACAUGACGCAGAGCUGCGGCAUCAUGGUUGAGCCAGUGUUUCGCGGAGAGAGGCUUCUCCCAGAGUCGGUGGAAGUGUGUCUGAAAGGAGUGCUGCAGGACUGGGAUGACUCCUCACUCACACAGACAUCCACAGAGUCAUGGUUGCUCCAGUGCUCCAGCAGCAGUGACCUGGGAUCAGCUGCUGCCUUCCAGCAUCUCCUCAUGCAGCUGUCUUCUCAUGCUCUGCAUAUGCUCUCUGAGGUGAAUGACAGCGGCCUGGUGUGCUCGGCCGUCCUCUCGCCCAUGUCGCACACUACAGCUCUGCUCACCGUCCUCCAGUCUGGAGUCGCUCGGCACGACCGGCUCCUGACCACCGAAAUCAUUGCCCCUUCUGCGGCGGAGACCUCGGCUGAACUGCCAGAUAUUGUGAGCAGUGUUCUGGGAGUGGUGUAUGACAUCAUGGAGGAGGAUGAGGACACUGUUGAUGACCAACCAAAAAAUCACCAGGUUCCUGAGUGGGCUCAACAGGAAGUCAGCCAUUGCCCGCUGACAUCAGGCGUGUUGGAGAGUUGGUUCCCUCAGUCAGACCAGUCGGGAGUGAGUUCCCAUUUAAUGGAGUCAAUGAGGUUGCUGGAUGCGGUGCCAGAGCAGAGAGAAGAGGAGGAGUUGUCUCUCCUACAGCAGGAGCUGGUUACUGGUCUGGCUGAAUUGUAUCAAACUUCCCGCGGCGCAGAUGCCAAGAGGGGCAAGAAACGUGGCGCCCAGCGCACGCCGGUGAAACAGAAGAUGAAGACAAUGAGCCGCUCCCUGCAGAUGCUGAAUGUGGCGCGUCUGAACGUCAAAGCCCAAAAGAACCAAGCCGAGGCGGAGCAGCUCGGCGCCGAGUGCAGGGGGCCGGACAGACGGGGGAAGAGGCGGUCAAGUGACAGGAAUAAACCUGGAGCGACCAACACCAUCAGCUUCGUGAGUGAGGCAGAGCUGCUGUCCCAUCUGAAGUGCAGUUAUGAGAAGACGGUGGCAGAGAGAGACUUGUCCCUCCUCACUGGAGUCCACCAGCUCCUGUUCGCUGUGAAAACCUUCCUUGUGCCAGAAUCGGACCCACAGGUAAAGACCUCCCAGUUUGUCCAGCAGCACCUUCUCAAGUCCAGCAAAUCAAUCCGGCAGCUCUACGGCACGGCCGCUGACGUCGAUGGCAAAGUCAGAGAGUGCAAGUUUCAGGCUUUGCUGAGGUUGGAGUUGUGCAAGCUUUUCUCCACAGAGCAGUCUGACUCGCUGGAUGUUGACGAGAAGACGGAGGAGGUGGCUGAGAUGCUCCGGAUCAUCUCCUUGACUAAAGACCCAGUUUGCCUCGCGAGGUUCCUCGGUGACGAAGUUCUCCCAUCGUUCCUCACCGCCAUCCCCAGGGUGCUUGCAGACAUCUACCACAGCCUGGGCACGCAGCUCCCCGAGGCGCUGGCGGCGGUUCUACCUUCUGACUUCUUCAGCGACGAGUCGGUUGCCAAGGACAGCGUGUCUCCUUCGGCCUCGUCGCCUCCCCUCUCCACACACAGCAUGGUUUCCGACUGCGGAGAUCGUCUGCAGGACCUGCGAAGUCGCUCCGCCAGCAAGAGGAGGAGUGGGAUGCUGACUCGUCAUCGCAGCAUGACUGAAUCAUCUCAGAGUCUUCGCCAAAUAGAGGUCCCCAAAAAGACUACAAGAGCUUCCAAGGCAAAGGUCUUUGUUGCUCUGGAGAACCCUGUCGGAGAACCACAACCUAAACCUCAGAAACAAGAAACACAGGAGGUCACGAAGGUGAGAAGAAACCUGUUCAACGAGGAGAUGGUCUCCCCCUCGAAGAAAGCCAAGAUGCCGAGGAGCCAGUCUGUGUCCGCAGUGGAAGGCUUGAAACGCAAGCGAUCCCUUGAAUCUGAAGAGGGUCAUAAACUUCUAACAAAAAAAGUGUGUGAGACGCCCCACCACAAGCAAGUGUCCAGUCGCCUCCUCUACAGACAGAGAAUGGGACGGAGCUCCGUCCCAACUGAGGAGCGCAUUGUGGAAGAGUCGCCAGUAAAACCUGCAGACGCAUCCGACCUGAGGAGGAGCCCGAGGAUAAAGGCGUUCGCUCGAAGACACUCGAACGUCUUCUACUCGAGUUCUCAACCUCGCUCCCGCAACCUGGACAGGGCGCUCUCUGCGUCCCAGCUUUCUCUCGCCGACGGCAGCAAAGUCGUCGGCGUGAACGUAAAAGCCGUCCGGUCUCCCAUGCGUCUUCUUUUUGGGGCGGCCGAUUCCCCCCGCCGUGCCUCGGACCAGUCUUGCGCAACCAGGCUCACCAGGUCGCGGCUGUCCACAGACUCCAGUGUCUUUGAGAGUCCAAAUAAAACUCCAACACGAUCACCCGGCAACCGUGGAAGAGCCACGCAUGUGAUCACAACACCCAAGACCCCUCAAAGCCCACGGCCCCCUACAACGCCGCCUCCAUCCAGGAUGCAUGUUCUCCCCGUUGCACAGAGUCCCGUGGCGAGCGGAUCUCGUGAACCCGGUCGGGCUCUGAGAGGCAGUCCCUUCAGAUCUCCAGCCAGACAGACUCUCGUGUUGGAGACGCCCACCAAGGAGAGCCCCCUGAGGAGUCCCCUGAAGGGUAUCCUCAGGACGCCGAUCAAGCUGGACUCCUUUUCUGGAUUACAUCUUCUCAGUAGUCCACUUUUGAGAACUCCAAAGAAAAGUGUCACGUGGUCUCCCUCUCCUCAAAAGUGCACACGACUGGCGGAGAGCGGCGUUUCUUUCAAGGUGCCGGUUUCUCCCCGUACUUCGCCCGGACUGUUGAAAACUCCCAACAAGCUGGGCACUCCUGCCAAAGACACAAACACUAAGAGAGACAUUUUCAGAACCCCAGAUAAGACGUGUCAGGUGAGCCUCGUCAGGGUUUCGGAAAAUGUCAUUUCGUCGCAUGAAAAGAAUCCGAGGUCAUCUGAAAAACUUCACAACAGGAUGCAAACCCCUGAAAAGGGGGUCAGCCUAGUGGAAAGGCCUCCGCCACAAUGCACACCGCCUCCAGCCCAGAACCUCUCGCCUAACAUCAGGACUCAAUCCCAGACCCCGAGUCCUUCUCACAAAAUGUUAACCCGCUCUGGACGAACUCCAGGCAAAAGUUCAAAUCUCUCAUCCCCAUGUAAGCCGGUAUUUACGCCAGCGGGGUGUUACACUAUUUCAGAAACAUCAGACGCGUCCGUGGAACCUCCAGAAAAGUCCCUGACGAGAACACGGUCAGGUCAAGGUGCCGAAACCACCAGACCGGACCUAAGAUCCCGGUCUCGUGAGGAUGUCCCCUUCAAACCGAACACAGAAUCUGAUCAGAACUGCGAACUGGUGGAGAAGAACACGCAGUCGUGUACGACCGAGGCGGUGCGAGCCGAACCUUCCCAAACCUCUGAAACGGACUCUAGUUCCCACACCAACUCGCAGCAACUGGACUCUUUGUGUUCUAACUCUGCGUCCACAGACGACGACAGCAUGGACAUCGUGGACGCUGCGGUGGUGAAGACCCAGUUCAGCGGAGGCAUCAAGAUGAACAUCAGCUUUUCGCGGAAGCCCUCGAAGUCCGGCGAAGACAUUUUGACGAACUCUCCUCACGCGCUCGCGGCGCCCCACGGCACACCGGGCCGGAUCUACGGCUUCCGGCAGACGCCCGACCGCCAGCAGAGGGAGGCAGCUGCUCGUUUGGGGUACGGGAACGAACCCCUUCGGUUUUCCACCCCGAGAGGCCCGGCGAGACCCAGCCGACAAAAGGGCACGGCGACUCCGACUCCUCUGACUUACCAAGUUGAGUUGGAAAUGCAAACGUCCGGGCUUCCCAAGCUCAAAAUCAAACGCACAGACUCCAUGAAUGCGGGCGAUUCGGCCUCGGACGGAGGUCCUCGAUCGGGAGCCCGGAGCCCUUUACGUUGCGGGAAACCGUCUCAGCUGGAAAGCCCCCUGGCGUUGUUCUCAAAGCACCGAGAUCCUGGAUGCGUCUCGCCGUCCAUCUGCGCUCACGUCACGCCGGCCAAGAGCACGCCUGGAAAAGGUGGAAGCGUCCAAACGUACAUCUGCCAGUCCUACACGCCGACGCACCACCCCGCGGGAACGACGUCCCCGGUGGCCGCGGACCUCGUCCCCCUGACGCCGUCGCCUCAGAGCGUCGGGAAGGUGACCCCGGAUAACUUCAGCAGCUGGCCUCGCCGGAAGAGGGCUCAGAUCGGCGCGGGCGGAGGCAAGGACCGCGGCCCCAAGGGGGAGCCGUUGCUGGCGGAGUUGCUGGAGGAAGCGGAGCUCGGCGUUAGCAGAUUGCAGGACGCGGAGGACGCGGAGGAGGUCUCGACCAAUAAAGGGGCGGGGUUUUCUCUGGCUUCCAACCGGUCGUCCCCGGCAGAUGCGUCCCCUCUUUCUCCGGUGGAAGACUCGUACUGGACGGAGAAGCUGGCUCAGCACGGCGCCGAUCCUCAGAGAGCGGACGAAGACAUCAUCUGGGCCGCUGGACUCGGAGAAGUCAAGUCAGUAGCCACUCCUCCCAGCUCAAAGGUGAGGAAGUCGGUGACUGCGAGCGGGAUCUUGGCCCUCACUCACUCUCCCUUGUUGUUCAAGAGCAAAACUGGCUCUUCCAGUAGCAGGACUCCCAAUUUAAAAGAUGAGGCCGCAUCGGGGAGGAAGGCGGACGUGGAGGGCGUGGACGGCUCUCCCUUCAGCGGGCCGCGCCGGCGCUCCAGCUCGGGGAAGACGUACAGCCGGAAGAGGCUGCUGCACUGAUCCCAGAACAGCCCCAAAAAAGGUUGUUGGUUCUCCGUGAAGCCGGGGAGCCCUUUUGAUGGCCCAUCUGAAAGAUGUCUCUGGAGCGCCACUUGAAGAGGCCUUUUUCCGAUGAAUGAAUGUCCCUUUCAGUCUCCUCCGCUGACGUUUUCCGUUCUCUAACCGGUGUCUUUGUUGUUGUUGUUUUUAUUCGGCACAUUUUUAAGAUCGCAGGCCGGUUUUAACGGCGAGGUGAAAAGCUGUGCAGUUCUGGACGGAUUCCUCUUUAAAGAUACGCCAUGUUUUCUCUGUGAAGCUACAGUGCUGGAAAUGGUGAUUUAUUGUUUUGUUUUUGAAAUUUUAAUAAGCUAAUUUACAAUCAAGGCUUAAGUUUGUCGAUAUAAAUACUAUUCAUGUUUAUUUAUUUGGGUUUUGCCAUAAACCUGCUUUUUUUUUUUAAGUGAAAGGGAAGGUCAUAAUGAUUGAUUCAGAUUGUAAAUAUCUUAUGUUGCUAA